AGAUAACCAGUUAAAUCUAGUUCAAAUGAAUAUUUUCGUUUUUGAGGAGCACCAUAAUAGUAGUGAAUACCAAAAGGAAAGGGGAUCUGGGCUUCGCAAUACUAACAGUUCCAUUUCCUAGCCAGUCGCCUCCCGGGCUGGAUGUGCCCCGGUCCUAGAUCUCAGCGGCGGCCGGAGAGCGCAGAGGUAGGGAGAGAAAAAGGAGGCGUCGGCAGGGCGCAAGCGGCCAGGGCGCUAAGUUCCGCCUCAUAGUACUGGCGAAGACUGGAGACGCCAGGCGGCCCGCGCCGUCUGUCCUCAGCUCUCCUGGACACCCGCCUGUCUCCCCGUCGUCUCCAAUUGGCCGUCGGGGAACGGAAGCCGAAGCAGACCAGUGAACCCGGAAGUGCUUCGCGGCAGAGGCCCGGGCAACUCUUUUGAAUGGAAUCGGGCUGAUUCAUCGCCGGUUCGCAGAGUCAGAACCGCGUCGGGUCUGCGCCGCUGCUGCUGUUGCCUCUGUCUUCACGUCACCGCAGAGGCAAGACAAGGGUCCCGAUCGCGGCAUCCGGCUCCUGCCCGCCUUCAGGAGAGAAAGAAAAAAUAAAAUAUACUUGGGGAAAUUGUGCCUGCUAGAAUUAGCAAGAGCUUUCUUUAAGAAGAAAUUUGUUAAACUCAACAAAUUGAAGGUUAAAACCUUAAGAGUUGUAGUUGAUUGACCAGAAAUAUGGACAGACUUCUUAGACUUGGAGGAGGUAUGCCUGGACUAGGCCAGGGGCCACCUACAGAUGCUCCUGCAGUGGACACAGCAGAACAAGUCUAUAUCUCUUCCCUGGCACUGUUAAAAAUGUUAAAACAUGGCCGUGCUGGAGUUCCAAUGGAAGUUAUGGGUUUGAUGCUUGGAGAAUUUGUUGAUGAUUAUACCGUCAGAGUGAUUGAUGUGUUUGCUAUGCCACAGUCAGGAACAGGUGUAAGUGUGGAGGCAGUUGAUCCAGUGUUCCAAGCUAAAAUGUUGGAUAUGUUGAAACAGACAGGAAGGCCGGAGAUGGUUGUUGGUUGGUAUCACAGUCACCCUGGCUUUGGUUGUUGGCUUUCUGGUGUGGAUAUCAACACUCAGCAGAGCUUUGAAGCCUUGUCGGAGAGAGCUGUGGCAGUGGUUGUGGAUCCCAUUCAGAGUGUAAAAGGAAAGGUUGUUAUUGAUGCCUUCAGACUGAUCAAUGCUAAUAUGAUGGUCUUAGGACAUGAACCAAGACAAACAACUUCAAAUCUGGGUCACUUAAACAAGCCAUCUAUCCAGGCAUUAAUUCAUGGACUAAACAGACAUUAUUACUCCAUUACUAUUAACUAUCGGAAAAAUGAACUGGAACAGAAGAUGUUGCUAAAUUUGCAUAAGAAGAGUUGGAUGGAAGGUUUGACACUUCAGGACUACAGUGAACACUGUAAACACAAUGAAUCAGUGGUAAAAGAGAUGUUGGAAUUAGCCAAGAAUUACAAUAAGGCUGUAGAAGAAGAAGAUAAGAUGACACCUGAACAGCUGGCAAUAAAGAAUGUUGGCAAGCAGGACCCCAAACGUCAUUUGGAGGAACAUGUGGAUGUACUUAUGACCUCAAAUAUUGUCCAGUGUUUAGCAGCUAUGUUGGAUACUGUCGUAUUUAAAUAAAGCAACGAAAAACGCUAUUAAUGAUGCUUUCAGUGUAUAUUCCUCUGUUGUUCCUAAUGCUCAAAAUCAAGGGACCUCUGAAGGUGUACUUGGCUAAAUGUAAGACAUCUGGCAUCAUUUGCAGCACCGUAACACCUUCAGUCUCAGUUGUGCAAUUACUUGUUUCUUUAGUCAGGGUCUUUGCAGAUUCUAAAGUUAUACAUGAGUACAUCAAAGUGGACAAAUUUUGUUAAGAUCCCAUUUAAUAUUUGAAAAAAUCAGUAGCACAAAUAUAUUUUGAUUGUUACUUACAAAAUAAAAUACAUUUACAAUCUA